AUGGCACUGCUCGGCGACGACGGAAGAGGCUUCGAUCUGGCGAGGAGACUUGAAGUCUCCGGCGUGUGGCGGACAUGGCUCGGCGAUUCCAUCUACUCCUCCUUUCACCAUUACCUUUCCUCUCCUUCCUCCUGGGAAGCCUUUAUGCGCGUUGAUGAAUCCAAGUCCAAGGCUCAGAUUCAACUCCAGCUCCGCGUUCGCGCUCUCCUCUUCGACAAAGCCAUCGUCUCCCUCUUCCUCCGAUCCAACACUAUCGCCGCUUCAUCAUCUUCCAAUGUUUCUUCCGCCGCGGUGUCGAAGCUCAAUCCUAAUUAUUUACAGCUUCACGGAGAUGAUGUGUACUAUACUUUAGAGAACGCUUCUCUCGAAGCUGGGUUUCAGCGAGACGGAGUGAUUCGCCACAAUCCGACUUUACAAAAGAGCCUAUCAAAGCCAAGUUUUAGCUCUGCGACGAGAGUCAGUGAGUCUGAUUUCAGUAGCCUUGCUCAAAGGUCUAGGUAUGAGGAGUUACCAGACACUUGGUACACUCAGUUUAUAUCAAGGUAUGGUUUCAAAUAUGGGAUCUCCGUUGGAGGACAAGAGUCUGACAAACGCACACCGGAAGGGAUGUCUACUUACCUCAGAGUCGUUGAUAGUCACAAGAGAAAGCGUGCACCUUUUCUAGAAGACCGAGCUCAUAUGAGUAGAACUAGUACACAUCCAAGCUCAGGCUUUGACGGAAGUAGUUCUGAAGAUGAUAUACUGUUUCUUCCUGAGACGAUGUUUAGAAUGAACUGUGUACCUGAGACUGCUCUUUCGCCGAUUACCAGAACACAAGAGAAUUUGAAAACAGAGUUUUAUGGAGUGCUUGAUACGUUGCCGCAAGUUGCUACCAGGAAUCAUGUUAUGAUUGAGAGGCUUGGGAUGAUGCCUGAGUACCUUAGGAUGGAAGACAGAGGAGUUUUGCGCCGUAGAAAAGCUGAGAAAUUGGGUUUUAGUGAUGAUCAAGCGGCUCAGGUGUCACAGAAAGUUGUUGCACGCAUGCUUUUGACUAUGGGGUUUGAAGGUGCAACAGAGGCUCCGAUUGAUGUCUUCUCUCAGUUGCUUAGCCGACAUAUCUCUAAAUUAGGCCGUAUUUUGAAGCUUCUUUCUGACAGUUACAAGAAGGAGUGUUCAGCUGUGCAGUUGAUUAAGAUGUUCCUCAAUACCACUGGAUAUAGUAAUCUUGGGAGUUUAGCAGAGCUUGUUAAGGAUGGUACUAGGAGCCAUCCUCCACCAAAUCAGAAGCAACCACAAGUGCUUCAGCAACAGUUGCAUCUGCAGCAACAAGGUCCUCUCCGGGUACCACCACAAAUGCAGAGGCAAAUGCAUCCACAGAUGCAGCAGAUGGUUAAUAACUCCCAAACCUUUCAACAGCAGCAGCAGCAGCAGCAACAUCUGGAGAGAAUCCGUAGGCGUCAAGUUACAUCACCGCGACCCAACAUGGAUAUGGAAAAGCCGCUGGUUCAGGUAAAGCUUGAGAAUCCUUCAGAAAUGGCAGUAGAUGGAAAUGCCUUCAACCCUAUGAACCCAAGACACCAGCAACAGAUACAGAAUCAAAUGAGGCAGCAUCAGAUGGCUGCAAUGUCGAACCUGCCACAGCAGCAACAGCAGGGCUAUAACCAAUUCAGGCAAUUGGCUUCAAUGCAAAUUCCACAAACACCUACAACAGGAACGGUCAGGGCUCAACCAGUUAAGGUUGAAGGAUUCGAACAACUAAUGGGAGGUGAUUCUUCUCUUAAGCAUGAGUCUGAGGAUAAGCUGAGAUCUCCACCUACCAAAUAG